UUUUAAAAUUGGCGAGUGUUGUUACUGUAAUUUUUUAGUUUAUCUCAGUGCAAACAAAAAUUAAAUAUAGCUAGUUCCAAAAAGUAAUGUAUCAGUUUAUAAGAAGGUUGCGUAUAAUGAAUUCGAAUUAGAGUUUAAUAUAGGAAUGAGUAUGAGAUUAUUAAAGUUUUUCUGGGUCACGUAAGGUUUCUAAUCCAUUGCCGCAUUUGUGGCUUCCCGAAGUCCUAAGUCAGUUCAAGAGUAGUCAUGGCGUUAGGUGUGGCGAUAUGUGGGGCCUGGUAUUAUACAAUUCUUUCUGGAUUUUACGUCCUAUAUUGUCCUGUCAUGUACUUAAUGUUUCUUAAUCAUAGCUUGUACAGAAAAGUUGUCGAUGUUUUAUUCUCGCUAUGGGAACUCUACCCUGUGGCUUUAUUUCAGUGGUGUUACCACACACGUAUACGUUGCUUUGGUGAUUACGUGAAUCCAAAUGAAAAUACAAUAAUAAUUAUGAACCAUCGAACUCGUGUGGAUUGGAAUUACGUUUGGCUUGCUCUAUAUCAUGCUACGAAACCUGUUGCCGAUCAAAGAAUCGACGAUGUUGAAAAUAGGGAUAGUAACGACAUGUUUGAUAUUAUUUGUGGUGGUAAAUCAAGAAUCAAAUUUGUUCUGAAGGAUGAAAUAAAAAUUGUACCCGGCAUGGGUUGGAUUAUGCAGUUAAAUUAUUUUCUGUAUGUUAAACGCAACUGGCAAGAGGAUCAAUUGAAUUUAUCACAAUUCAUCGAUUACUACAAUAAGCUUGAGUGUAAGAAUCGCAUUGUGCUGUUCCCGGAGGGCACUGACCUUAGCGAAGAUAAUAAACGUCGCAGUAGAAAAUUUGCUGAAGCUAAUAAUUUACAGUGCCAUGAGUAUGUUUUACAUCCGCGCACUAAGGGUUGGGUGGCUCUUUGCUCUCGUCUACGCGGCUCCGGCUUGACCUCCGUAUAUGACGUCACCGUAGCUUAUGACAACCCGGCCAAUGAGAUCGAUCUCAUACGUGGAAAAUUGCCUCAGGAGGUUUUCUUUCAUUUUAAACGAUAUUCUAUAGAAGAAAUCCCUGUAAAUGAAGACGAAAUCAAAUCUUGGAUAAAUGAACGUUGGCAAGAUAAAGAGAGUAGUCUUAGAAAGUUCCACUCGGAUGGUGUGUUCAUUGAUGCGGUAACUGGCAAUACGCCAACGGAAUACGCAGCGAGAUCUCUAAGAAAAGCAAAAUUGUGUUUCGUGUUUUGGACAUUUAUUGAUAUACUAUUCUUGUAUAAUAUUUUAAGUAGUGUUUUAUUUCAGUUCUGGGUCGUAUAUCAUAGUUUUCUUUUUAUAUUUGUCACUUGGUAUUUUGGUGGCUUUCAAAAUGUUCAGUACAAAAUUUUGGAAAAAGAAUUAUAAAUUGUACGUUCCUGUUUGUUGAAUUGUUAAAGUAUUGUUAAGAUUUAUUUAAUGGACUGUGAAUUCUUGUUAGUGCCAAAUAUUA